AUUGUUCUCAUACAUAUCACGGUUGUGAUAUUUAACGGCACCGAUCGUAAAGGUUGAACGAUAAUAACGCUCAAAGGGCUCUCAGCAGCACGCGCAUCUACGAUUUACGUGGAAUCUUUUUUACGUCUUUAGUCGUCGUUGGUUUUAGUAUCCACGUGGCCUUUGACAUUCAAGUCGUUUAUAGAAUUUGUCGCGGAUUCUUUGGACGGGGUAUACUUUUACGUCGCGUUCUCAUCCCAUUUGUUUCGCUCGUUAAUUGCCGAUUGAUCUCGAGUGCGCGGUCCCGAUAGCUAAUAGUUGUUCCCGUUCGAAACGAUCGCGAGCGAAAGAAAAGAAAAAGACGAUACGACCUAUUGAGCAUCCAUCGUCUUCUGGCGUGUCUGGUGGAGAAUACCAGCCGCGAAGCGUAUUGUGCUUAACGGCACUAUUAGAAUAGUAGUCUAGUUAGCGCUUAAUUAUCUUCUAUUUGGAUCCUGGGAUUCGUCGGAAAAUCAGGGAUUCUGGAAGGAAAGGACUUUAAACAGCCAUGGGGAAGCAAAACAGCAAGUUAAAGCCGGAAGUGCUGGAGGACCUCAAACAGAAUACUGAAUUCUCAGAUGCGGAGAUUCAGGAAUGGUACAAAGGAUUCUUAAAAGACUGUCCCAGCGGCCACCUCAGCGUGGAAGAAUUCAAGAAAAUAUACGGGAACUUCUUUCCUUACGGCGACGCGUCAAAGUUCGCGGAGCAUGUGUUCAGGACGUUCGACGCGAACGGCGAUGGCACGAUCGAUUUUCGGGAAUUUCUCUGCGCCCUCAGCGUAACGUCUCGCGGCAAGUUGGAGCAGAAGUUAAAGUGGGCCUUCAGCAUGUAUGACCUGGAUGGCAACGGUUACAUCUCGCGACAAGAGAUGCUCGAGAUCGUAACGGCGAUCUACAAGAUGGUAGGCUCGGUGAUGAAGAUGCCGGAAGACGAAUCGACGCCGGAGAAACGAACUGAUAAGAUAUUCCGACAGAUGGAUAAGAACAAAGACGGCAAGCUAUCGCUUGACGAAUUUAUAGAGGGUGCGAAGAGCGACCCAUCUAUUGUGCGACUGUUGCAGUGCGAUCCUAGUGCACAAGCUCAGUGAGGCCCUGGGCCAAUACAGACAAAUACCGAUAUGCCAUCUGCAUACCCGAGUCGGAGCCCGGCCCAAUUGAUAUCCCAUGCAAAAGCGGCACGAUCGUAGAAAUUUGUCCUCAGAAUUUAUUGGUGUAUCGAGAAACUUGCCGAAACGUUAUCUUCAUAUACGCUUGAUUUAUUUUUCAAAAUUUUAAUUCAAUAAUUGUUAUAUGAUUAAUAAUUAUGAUAAGAUUGCAUUCGGAGAAUAAUAGAGAAAAAAAAUGAAAGAUCCUUUGUUUUAUGAUUUACAAUUAAAACACAAUUAAUGAUAUCUUUUAAUAUAAUAAUGCUAGUAAUAAAUUAAUAUUUAUUACUUGAUUAUUAGAAGCCAUCUGUGCUGUGAAAUUUUUGCGAGUAUUUUAUUUGAUAUUUGAAAUUAUUUAAAUUGCUAUCUUCUUAUACCGAUGAUGAUGAUGAUAAUAAUAAGUUCGAAAAUGUUUCUCCAUUACUCGAAGAUAUUGUCUUGGUAGUUUCUCUAACGGAUAUUCUAUGAUCAUGCAUGAGCACAAGUGCGUGCUAAUAAGGGCUUUUAUAAAUUGGGCCGGUAUCCGAGAGGUCCAGGGUCACUGGGCCCAUGGCGCUUGCGCAUACCGCAAGCUAGUCUACAAGACUAGUCCAGUCGCUCCGUUUCGUUCAAACGGAUCGGUUUAGCGAGAAGCUUGUUACGCCUUUUCGGGUCGUAUGUGCCGCCCUAGGCUCGACGAACGAUCCGCGAAGCCAUCCUGAGAAACGCCCGCAUCGCGAGAGGAAGGAAGCCGGUCCGCGUCGCUCGAUCUACUCCGGUCCGACGUUGCGUCGAUGUCGACGAAUUUCGCCGGCUGUGCCGGCCGUUCGAGAUGCAACGCGAGACGCGAUUAGUGAAAUUCUAAAAUACUCUGUGUUCGUAAAAUAUCCGCGAUUAUCGAUAGCGCGCGUGCAUGGCAAACGAAACUUUCCGAUCAGCGACGACGUUCGAGUUUCUUCAGGGAUCGCUCUCUGAACCUGAAGAAGAGCAAUCGAAGGCGUCGCGCGUUAUCAGUAAUGUACCCUUAUACAUACGAGUGGGAUCGCAUCCACGCAUCGACGCAUCUUCGGACUGCCGUUUCACGAGUCGUCUCGCCCGAACGUCAAGAAGCUUGCGGCUUCUGGCUAGAGCGGUCGUUGUCGUCCUUACGCAUCAUUGCGUUGGUAUUUAAUACCGAAGACGCGGACAGACAUCCAUCCCUUCGAUGACACACGGUAUCUCCCGCCCUCAACGAAUCCUCCAUCCCCCAUCCGAGUGUCUCGUCUCAUUACGAACUGACCCGUUAACAUAAAAGACACUGGCGUCUUACUGCGCGCUAGCAACGAAAUAUAGUGAUUAAAGAUCCGCGAUCCCAGAUAAAGGUCACUGCGAAAUCGCGCGAUAGUAAGACGCGCUUGCUAGUUAAAGACAUACACUCACACACACAUGCUUAGAAACCGAUUUAGAGCUUGAUCUAGUGGAAGGAAGAAACGACUGCGUAACGCGAUUGUCAUACCACGGAUACGUGGAAGAAAAUACUUUUGAUUCGACGUAUCCGUAGAAAGAAGCGACAAGUUUAUCGUCCCGUUGCUGCGAGGUUUCGAUUUGCUUAUACAACGUCCUGGCGAUUGAGAUCUCGUAGAACUAUUCGAUCGAGAGUUUGUCCUUUAACAUUACUGUUAUAUUCAUCUCGUCAUUUUACCAUUUCUAGUGACCUUUGUCGUUACGGUGGGAUGAACAUAAAUUGUAGUCGGAUAGAGCAAGAUUUUCGCCUUUUUCCAAUCUCGCUAAGAAUAAUGAAACGCAUCCUUGCCGAUCAGAGCGACUGGCCCUCAGCUUUAGCGAUGGAAUCGCGCUUCGCCGAGCGACCGAAGGAUAAAGAAGAGGAAUCUUCACGCGCGCACGCGUGCCGUAUUUAGAGAUUUAUUUUUGUGAAUGCGUGCGUCCUGUGUGAGCGUGUAAGAAGUAUGCGUAUAUGUAUAUCCAUUCUGCGUAUGCGCGUGUCCCGUAUAUAAAGAAGCGAACGCGAUAAAGAGAUGCGAGUCUUAUCGCCCCAUCGUCCGAUAAGUAUCGAUCCAUUGAUCGCGAUAAUUAUAUACAUAAAUACACAUAUAUACUUACAUUAUACAUUAUUGAAAAUAAAGAGUGACAAGAGAUCGCAAUCUUCAUCUACGCGAAGCAGCAGCAGAGUUUGACGUUUAUGACUUAGGACGGUUCUCUACCUAUUGCAGGAUCGGGCAGUCGAAUAUAAUGGAUUACGAAGUAAACAUGCGCGUGCGUAUAAAUGAUAUUUUUCGAUGUAUGACGGAGAGUGACUUCCGACCGAUGGCUUGUUAGUUGUCUGUCGAGAGAGGAUGGAUCUUCUUAUAUUAUUUUCAGUUUGCCUUUCUUUUUCUUUCAUCGCAUUUCCUUCUUCCUCUCCUUCCUUUCCUUCCUCUCCUUCCUCUCCUUAUUUUUUACAAACGUAUUCGGCGCGCGGUCGCUCUUCGUGAUCGAUAUCUUUUUCGGAGAAUACUUUCGUUGCGCUAGACUGUCUCUCAAUGAGACACCUGGUCCGAUAAUGCAAUGUUAAAAUAAUACGGCGGCGUAUAAUGAAUGCUAGAAGAGAAUUUUGAUUUUAUUAUCGGAGACAUUAAGGCAGUAUUGUAUUUUGCAAAAACGCGUUACAUACACAGAGAAAGAUAAAAAUAUACAAAUAUUAUAUAUAUAGACACACACACAUGUACACACACACAUACACACACACAAAUCUUUAUUAUAAUAUAUCGCUAUUGUACUUUUUAAGAUGUACAUCUAUUCAUCUCGUGCUCAUUAAUAUUUAAGGAUAAAGACUAUUUAAUGAUAUCUCUAAUCUUUCAGUAUAUAGUCAUUGUAUAAACAAAUAAAUAACCUCAUUAGUGUUAAAAUAUAUAUAAAUAUAUAAUAUACGUUAAGAUUCUCUAAAGUUACUCUUGUGAACUUUUCUGAUUGUAUUAAGUGGAAAGAUUUUAUUCUAUAACAAGGUGUCAGAAAGAAAAACGAAAAUGACGAAAGCUUUGGAUUUACAGUAAAAAGAAAAAAAUAAUUGCGUUUAUUAAAGAUGAGAUUUAUAUUAUAACAUAUAACAUAGGACUGCCAAUACUUUACGUUAGACGGCAGUCAUACAAGCGCGAAACGCAGUUAAUUGUACCUUGGAACAAAUUAAGAAAGCAAUAAACAUGAGAAAAUAUUCCGAUUAAAUUUGCACGAUUCGGAAGGGAAGAUUUUAGAAGGGGCUUGACUUUAAAAUGGCAUGAAAUGCAUUCGAUAGCAUCAGCUAGAUAUUUCACAAUACAUUCGAUAUUUGAUAUAAUGACGAAUAUAAAGUGAAUAAUAUCAAAGUUAUGUCGAGGUUUGACAGAAUAGGAGCGAUAAUAAGGCGAUCGCGAUUUAUGAUACAUAAUCAUAUGAAAACUAUUAAAAUUCUAAGAGAAUUAUUAAAAAUUUCUGCUACGGAAAAGUUAUUUGUUGAAAUAUUAUUUUGUUACUUGCCAAAAUUAGCUUACAAUUGCGUCGGUUUGUACGCGCCUCUUUGAAAUUUCACCCGGUUGCAAUUAUUUUUUUUUUCCCUUGAAAUACAAAAUCGAUUAUUGAAAGAAAUUAUAUUCAAUAAUAUCGAUUUAAUUUAAUUUAUUUGUCAAUUUAAUGUAAAAAUCAUAUACUCGCUGUCCCUAUAGAAGCAGAAAUAAUGUUAUCUAUUUUUUUACAUUGUUAUAAAUUACUUUGUCGCAGUGUAACGUCGAUAAGAACAUUGAUAUAUACCCAUGUGUGAAUUUUGCAACGCAUCAUUAUUAGUAAAAAUUAAAAAAACAAUUAGACACAUCGCAUUUUAGAAUUAAAAUUUUUUUUCUCAACGAUAUAGAUAUGUCUAUAGCUUUGCAUAAUAAUUUUACAAUCUCGUCAAGUAAAGUAAUAAAUGAUAUGAAUCAUAGAAUCACAAAAAUUGCGAGAGACAUAUGUCUUUGUUUCUUAUAAUACAACGUAAAUUAUUUUGCAGUAGACGCUGCAUUGUUUAAGAAAAUGAAAUAAUAAUAUUUAUUGAUUAGACCAGAGAGGGAUAUUUUUAUAAAAAAAUUACAGAAAACAUAACAGAUGCAAAUAAAUUGCAAUAAAUUGGGAAUUAAAAGAUAUCAUGAAAUGCAAGGAUAGAGAGAAGGAUGUGCUUGCAUUUAAUAUAUUGUAUCCACUCAUAAAUGUUCGCAUAAUGAGAUAAUCUGUUGUCUUAUGCGAAAAAUAUUUAUUCGUAAAAUAUUUUUAUUUCCAUCCUUAAUUGCAAUUCUAAUGAAUCUAAUCAAAAUAUAUAUUUCAAAAAUGCAUGUCAUAUAUUUCUUAUUUUAAUUUAAAGCAAUAAGAUUACGUUCUAUACACUCACUGAGAUAAAACUGAACGAGAUAUUAAAUCUACAUCUUCUCUGCUGCAUGAGCGCGUUUAGUUGAAUUGCAACUGUCAAAAUAUCUGUCAAGAGACAACAUUUGCUCACUAUGCUAAAUGAUUUAUUUUCGCGAGUCGUAUAUACUUUCGUCUAUUAGAUUCAAAUAACACUAAAGCUGAAAAGACAUUUAGAGAUACGUAAAAAGACGCUUAAAAGAUUCUUGAAAAAGAAUAUAUAUCUAGAGAAUAGUUUUUACUUACUAAAGUUAAUGGAUCGAUUCGUCAAUUAAUUAUCUAAAACUAUCUCUUUAUCUUGAUCGAUAAUUAUAACUAAGAACUAUAUCUAAACAAACGAUGUCGAAGAAAACGUAGACAUUUCGAUGUAGACAUUUAGACAUUUCGAUGAAACUUCUAAGAUGUCUAACAAAUGCUUAGAAGAUUAGGAUGUCUCUUAAUUUUAAUUUGUGUUGAAAUAAUGUGCGUACAAACGGAUGUUCGAAGUAUAUUUUUGCAACAUUUUGCAUGAUCGAGAAAUUGCACUUUUGGAUUAAUUAUACAAGAAGUUCAAUACAUUUGAACUUAUUAGCUCAAAUUUUAUUUUUACGCAAUUAAUUGUAUAUAUAAAAUAUUGUAAUUUAUAUUUAAAAAUCUGAGAAAAAGAACACUAGAUACGAAUGGAAAUCCCACUUCGUAGUAUAUCGUAAAUACAAAAUUUUAUCAUUAGUAUUCAUCUAAAGUUUAUAUAAAUUAUUACUAUUAAUCACUAAUUAAUUAAGCGACGUUUUUUAGUUUUUUCUUUCUUACAUAAUUAUUACACAUAAUUAUGUUCAAUUAUCCAGAACGAAAAAGGAAUACCGCAGCAUUUUCCGAUAUUAAAAAAUAAGAAUGCGGUAUGUAUGUAUAAGUAAUGUAAACAAAAAAUCUUAACAGAUAUGUUUCAGAUAAUUUUUUCUAUAUAAAACGACAGAUUGUGUAAUUUGGCAUAUAUAUUCUUCAUUCGUAUCGAAAUACAUAUUUUUUAAAAGGAAGAAGAUUACGCCUUCGUGACAUAGUUCUGUCUCUGAUUGAACCUAGGUCUCGAUCAUGCUUAAAUUAGCACCUGUGCAAUCUCUAUUCUCUCGAAGAACUUUUCUGCCUAAUCUUAUUCUUUUACAUUCUAACAUCCGACACACUCGCAAGGUAUAUAUAUAUAUAUGCAUAAAAAAUACACCGAAGCGUUAAAACCAAAUGCGAAUCUCCUUUUUUUUCUGAUCUCUCAGUCUCUCCCUAUUGAAGCGAUCUCUUCUUGGCUGUCGUUUUAAGAAGUUAAUAGUUCGUCGUUUCACGGAAAAUUACACGCGCAUAUGAGACGCACAAAGAAAGAGAUUUUAAGAACAAAUAUAUAUAUAUAUAUAUAUAUAAAACGCGCGAGAGAGGAAAGAGAGAGAAGAGGAUUCGAUUACAUUCAUUAAAGCGAGACAUAUAUAUCGAUGACAUUUGCUGUCAUGAUUCCUUAACUAAGCCAUGCAAAAAAAUUAAGGAUUAUACAUAUUUACAUCUAUACAUAUAGAUCUAUAUAGAAUACGAAAUCGUUAAAAUAGUUUCUCACACAUGUUAUUAUCGAUCUAUGACAGAGAUAUAUUUGUGAGGAUGAUGCAUUAACGUUUACCGAAUAUGAAAAAAAAGAGAUGUAAGUUUUCUCGAAAUUUAACUCUAUCGCAUUCUCUUAUCAUAAUCCCAAUAUUCUAUCUACUCUAUGAUUUCUCUCUUGCCUAAGGAUCGUAGCGCGUUCUUGUGACUACACUUAUAGAGAGUUUCUUCCCUAGAAGAUAAUCAAUGAGAUAUUGCGAGUUAAUCGCUUAUAUAUCAAAGUUUUAUCAGCAAGAUUCUAUAUAGCGCUAUUUCUAUCAAAUAUCGCCGAUCUUCAAGAAAAAAAAAAAAACGUAUGCCUUAAAACUUUCUCUGCACCUUCUUGCCAACACAUGUUCUAGUGUCUACUUCGAUAAUGUUUGCCAGAGACGCGUAGCUCGCGAAUCAAUUGCAGCUGUUCACUUUCUCAGAAGAAUCUUAAAACUUGAAUGUAUAUGCAAAAAUGUAUUUCGCAUUUGCGAUAAAAUGUUAAGAAUAAUUAUAACGAUUACGAUGAGAUGAUUUUAAUCUCGUGUAUAAUUUAUAUGGCGAAUUACGUAAAAAAAUUUUUGAAACGCUGUUAAAAUUUUUUUUUUGUGUCUACACAUCGAGCUAUUUAAAUAUUUCUAAAAAUUAUAUUUUACUUUGUUAAAUUUUAAAUUGCACGUGCAAUGUCUUUUGCUUUGUUUGAUAUUAUACAGGGUUAAAUAGUCAAAUUUGAAAUAUAAAUUUAGGACAUUAAAACAAAAAUAAUUUUUCUGUAGAAAUAUGCUCGCAAAUAUGCUUCGUUUAAGAGAUAUUGACUUCUUAAGUUGCAGAACUAUAGGAAUGAAUAAUGUCGUUCAUCGGAUUUAAUACUAUUAGACUUUUUGUAUGGAGUGCUCUCAAGCAAAAAGUAUAUGAAGUGCCUGUUAUUGAAUCAUUAAAACGGAGGAUAGUGUAAGCGUGCAAAAAGAUUACAAACACAGAAUGUCAGUCAGCCACUCGUUCUCUCAUCAAUAGAUGCAAUGCUUGUCUUCGGGCGAUGGCUGGCGUAGCCAUCAUUUUGAACAGAAUAUAAUAUUUAAUAAUUAAAUUUUGAUUACUAUAAAGCAAUAAAAAGGAUGAACCUAGAUUUUUUUUCGACAUUAUUCAUUCCUUCAGUUAUAACUUUAGUCAAUAUCUCUUGAACGAAGCUCUUACUUCCAGAGGAAAUUUUUUUUUAUUUCGAGCUUUUACAUUUAUACUUCAAGUUUGGCCGUUUAAUCCGGGAACACCCUGUAUAUCAUUUUCCAAAAUUAUUUUUUACUUUUUAAUUUCAAGCUCAUCGGGAGCCAAUGAUUAGACCUCGCUUCAUUAACUCAUUACUUUGCGUUCCAUUAAAAUGACUGAAGUGUCUUGCAAAUUGUUUUCCGUGUUACGUGACUCAAGGUCCAAUGUGAAUCAUGAAAGUUAAUUGUGUGAAGGAAAAUGAGUAUAUUAUUAUAUUACAGAAGUUUCGAGUCAGUGCCCAAUGUUUUUUCUCGUAGAUGUAACGCAGAAACACCUUUAGAUGUUUUACGAUAGAGAAAUUAAUCUCUUCCUUGUGCGUAAACCUAUCCACCUAUUCGAUGCGUAUGUUUUUUCACGAUCUUCUCGGUGUCUUACAAUAUCACCAUCGUUUAAUAGUCACGGAAAUAAUUGCUGUAUAUCUCCUUAAAAAAGUUUUUCCCUCUAAGAUUUCGAAUCAAAUCACAUAUUGCUGACGUCUAAGCGUAUUGAACUCUCGAUGCGCUCUAUAAUUCCUAUUUCUUCUGUAUUUCUAUUACAAUAAUGUAAUUUAUUGUGUUACUUUGAUAUGUGUUUCCAUAUCGCGGUGCUGAAUGUACGAAGUACGUGUUCUAUCUCGUAUUUGUGUUUAUCCCGUUCGACAGAUAUAAUUUGUCAAACUUUCGCAUGUAACCGCGUCCGAAAGUACGUCCUUCAUCGACACAUUGAACGUUUCUUAUUUAUCCCUGUGUCGUGUGUUUGUUAGAAAACAAAAUAUCGAAUAGAUUCUCUCAUAAUAUUUACACACGCGACAGACAAAAUUCCACGAUGGAAUAAAAAUUUAAGGAUUUCCCUUAAAAAUAUAUACGAUUAUUGACGCGGCCAAUGCGAAAGUUGCGCGUGGCGGAGUUUUAUAUUGUAGCAGUGUGAAUCCGCAGUCAAAGAUAAAGAUAUAUUGACAAUUAAUCGUUAAUUUUUUCCACGAAGAUACGAUUAAUUUAUCGUUUCUUUUCUUUUCUUCGAAAAACAUGCGAUACAAUGUGACGUGUGCGAUACACACUGACACUGACAUCGUACAAAACGAAAAAAAGAAGAAAAAAAAGAUACGAAAAUCAAAGCGCACUUUUUUUUAUGCGUACCGAUAGUAGAACACCGGUAAGAUAUUAAUGUUGUGUAUAUGAUAAUUGUGAGGUGUUAUAAAAUUUUUAUUUGCUUUGCGCCUUGUAUACAUAUAUUUAAUGUAAGUGAUAAUUAUUACUAGUUGUUUAUUAUAAAUAAGAACGAAUCACUCUUGUGUAUACCAGUUAAAUUGCUACAUUAAAGUGUUAAUAUUAUACUCGUUCAAA